AUGGAUUCAAACCAAGUUCCAUACUUCACCAAUCUUCUUAGUGUGGAUAGUGUUGAUGACCUAUUCAUAGAAACUACAAGUACAAUGUUUGAACAUGAAGAGUCUUCACCACAAAUGGAGGAGGAGGUUGAAGUCAUUGUUAAAAAAACAUUACGGGGUGGCAACUUCAGCAUGGACGAAGACAAUAUGCUAAUAUCUUCGUGGAUUGAAAUUACCAUGGAUGCGGUUCAAGGAAAUGAACAAAAACAUAAGAAAUAUUGGGGUAGAAUUUGGGAGUACUUUCAUGGGCACAAAACCUUUAAUUCGAACCGUAAUCCGAAAUCUUUAAUGAAUAGGUGGUCUGUGAUUCAACAAGCGGUAAAUAAGUUUUGUGGUUACUUAGCCCAAGUUGAAUUAAGGCCUCAAAGUGAUAUGAAUGAGCAAGAUAAGAUUGGGAAGGCAAAACUCAUGUAUCACGAGCUUCAAGGGAUGACAUUUCACUUUGAACAUUGUUGGUUAUUGUUGAGAGGAAGACGAGGCCUCACCCGAAGCUUUAUAAACUUGGAGCGACCAAUAGGCCGGAAAGCCGAAAAGAACAAACGAAAGAAUACCAAAAAAACGAAUCCAGGUGUUGUUGUGAUAUUGAAUGACAUAAAUGAAGAUAAGAAGAAGAAAACAAGACUAUUUGAGGAAGCACGUGAGCAAGACAAAGAGAUGUUUCUUCUUAAGAAAGAGGAAGUGCGCCUUAAGCAAGAGGAAUUGCUCUUUAAGCAAGAUGAAGUCCGCCUUAGAGAUGGGGAAUUGCGCUUGAGAGAAAAAGCGCUUCGGUUGAAAGAAGAGAGAGAGGAAAAAGAGUUUAUGUUUAUGGAUACAAGUCAUUUAAAUGAAGAUGGGCAAGAAUAUGUUUGUCGACGCAGAAAGGCAAUCCUUGAAGGUCAAAAAGACAAUCCUUGA